AUGGCGUCAGGAAAGAGCUAUCGAUUUCUUGGAGCAGGAGAGAGAAUACAGCCGAUCGAGUUCGACGAAUCUCAGAUUUGGAGUACCGAUGAAAUCAGUAAUCCACCUGAAACCAAAAAAUCGAUUUCAAAUCCGCUUCCCCUUGGAAAAUCUCAUGGAAAAAUUACAACCCAAGUUGAAUCGAAAUCUCUGCCCGUAAACGUACCCGACUGGUCGAAAAUUCUUCGCGAUGAGCACAGAACUCACAGCAGAGAUUGGGAGGAUGAUGUCGAAGUAGAUGAAAAUGACAGAAUACCCCCUCAUGAGUAUUUAGCCAGGACUAGAGUUGCUUCGUUCUCGGUGCAUGAAGGGGUAGGAAGGACAUUAAAGGGACGAGACUUGAGUCGGGUGAGGAAUGCUAUAUGGAAGCAAACUGGAUUUGAAGAUUAA